GGCAGGUCGGCCUCUGCGCCGCAGCCAGCCGCUUCCCAGCGCGACGCGGGCGGUGGGUGGGAAGGGGGAGGAGGCGGGAUUGCGGGGGGGUUCUGUCACCCCCUCGGGAGUCGGGCGCUUCACCCAGCUCUCCAGCGGUCCUCCAGGCCCGACUCGCCGCGGGGGCUGGAGGGGCAAGGACGCCGCGCCCUCGGUUAACGACCGUCGUCUCUCGGGCAACGGGUUCCGCACAAGAUGGCGGACAAUAAAGAAAGGGAACACUCAGAGAUAGAAGUAGCAGAAUUUCACAAAAAAAUCAAAGAGGCUUUUGAAGUGUUUGACCAUGAGCUGAAUAAUACAGUGGAUGUGAGAGAGAUCGGCACAAUCGUCAGGUCAUUGGGCUGCUGCCCCAGUGAAGGAGAGCUGCACCAUCUGAUUGCAGAGGUAGAGGAAGAAGAACCCACUGGAUACAUUCGAUUUGAAAAAUUUCUUCCAGUGAUGACCAAUGUACUACUGGAAAGAAGAUACAGACCAAUUCCAGAAGAUAUCCUUCUUCGAGCCUUUGAGGUAUUAGAUCCACUUAAACGUGGGUUUCUUUCUAAGGAAGAACUGAUCAAAUAUAUGACUGAAGAAGGUGAGCCAUUUUCUCAGGAGGAAAUGGAAGAAAUGCUGUCUGCUGCGAUUGAUCCAGAAUCGAAUACAAUUCAUUACAAGGACUAUGUAACAAUGAUGGUGAUAGAUGAAAAUGAAACACUCUGAACAAUUUGUAGUUGAAAGGACAAUUUUAAAAAUUGCUUGUCCUUGUUAAUCUACAUUUUAUCUUUAAUUCCUGCAUAUGCUAAUUCAUGCCUUAUGACAACUAUGUCAAGAUAUGUUAUUUUUUAAAAGAUGAUCAUAACAAUUAAAAAAAUUUGUUGGGUAUGUCUUGCUGUGUGGAAUGACAAAUUGUUAAUUAUUUUAAAA